CGAAGAGUGACAUGGCGCCCACCAACCAUGGAUGCAAAUCUAUCACCCCGCGAUCAGUUACCGUCGAAGACUGUGCACAAAACUGCCUUUUGGUUUGGAGCACGAGCGUGGGCUCUGAUCACACACUCGUGUGUGCGCAUCUGUGGGUACGUUUUAGCGAAAGCGCAACGAUGCUGUGAGCGCCUAUACAUCAGCCAACUGGCGAAGCCAGGUGCUCUGAAUGCUUAUCUAAGUACGCUGGUAUUCGGAUUGAGCAGAUGCUCACCGAACAUAGUUGAAGAUCAUUGGUCGCACAUUCGCCGGACUUGACUAUCAGCUUCACAGUGG